CCCGCCCCCUCCGCUCAGACCGCGGACGCUCCGGGACGAGAACCGCACUUCUUUGAUCAGAGACCGGAGCAAUCAGCUGGAUCAAUCGGAGAUCGGCAGGUGAUCGACCAUCGGCUGAUCAGGGAUCGGUUGAUCAGGGGAAUGUCCCGGCUGCUGGAGAGUAGGAGGCAGGACAGGAUGAAGGAAAUUAACCUGAAGAAUAAGGAGAAGGAGCGCCUGAAAGAGAGGGAGAAGGAAGCGAGAGAGAGGGAGGUGCGCUCCAGUAAUGGCCACCUGUUUACCUCACUGACAGUGUCCUCCACCACCCUCUGCUCCUCCUGCAACAGGAGCAUCACGGCCAAAGAGGCGCUCAGCUGCCCAGCAUGUAAUGUCACCAUCCACAAUCGCUGCAGAGACAGUCUGGCGAGCUGUGCUAAGAUGAAGCAGAAGCAACAGAAGCUGGCGUUAGCGAGAAAUAGUUCAGCUCUGCAGAACGUCGCCAUGAGAAGCAAAACGCCUAUGAUGAAGGAGCGACCGAGCUCAGCCAUCUAUCCUUCUGACAGCCUUCGUCAGUCGCUGCUCGGCUCCAGACGCGUUCGAUCUGGCCUCUCGCUCGCCAAAAGUGUCUCCACAAAUAACAUCGCAGGUGUGACCGAGGACUCUGCAGGUCUCAAGAGGAUCCUGUCUCAGUCCACAGAGUCUCUGAACUUCAGGAGCAGGACUCUGUCCAUGGAGUCUCUUACUGAUGACGCUGAGUGGAGCCCUCUGCUGGACGAGCUGCAGAAGGAGGGCAGCUGCGUGCAGGUCGACAGCUGGAGCCUCGCUGUGGAGCCCAACUUCCUGCAAACACUUCACAAAGACCUGAUCAAGCAGCAGGACGUCAUCUACGAGCUGAUCCAGACCGAGUUUCACCACGUCCGCACGCUGAGGAUCAUGGAGGGCGUGUACCGGCGGGGGAUGCUGGAGGAGGUGAUGCUGGAGGCGGGGGUGGUCCACACCAUCUUCCCGUGUCUGGACCAACUGCUGGAGCUUCACUCCCACUUCCUGUCAGAGCUGUUGAACAGGAGGAAGGCGGGUCUGGUGGAGGGCAGCUCCACCAACUUCACGGUGCGCAAGCUGGGAGACCUGCUGGUCCGACAGUUCUCAGGGCAGACUGCUGAUGACUGGAAGAAAGUUUAUUCAGAGUUCUGCAGUCGACAUCCGAAAGCUGUGAAACUCUACAAGGAAGUUUUGGCUCGCGACCGGAGACUGCAGCAGUUCAUCAGGCGUGUGACUCGCGGUCCUCUGCUGCGGCGUCACGGCGUCCAGGAGUGCAUCCUGUUGGUGACGCAGCGGAUCACAAAGUACCCCGUCCUCAUCCAGCGAAUCCUGGACAACACUAAAGGCUGCGAAGAGGAGGCACAGGCUCUGAGCCGCGCACUGGGCCUCCUGAAGGAGCUGAUCAGCUCUGUGGACAAAGAGGUCCUGGAGCUUGACCGGAGCAGGAGGCUGCAGGAGAUCCAUGCCCGCCUGGACCCGCGUGCCCAGGCAGAGGUCCGGGGAGGAGGUGUGUUCAGAGGUGGAGAGCUGCUGAGGAGGAGGCUCCUGCACGAGGGGACACUCCUCUGCAAGGUCCAGGGUACCAGGAUGAAAGAUGUGCAGGUGCUGCUGAUGUCAGACAUCUUGGUUUUCCUCCAGGAGAAAGACCAGAAGUUCACCUUUGUUGUGUCACUGGACAAGUCUCCAGUGGUCUCAUUGACUAAUUUGAUUGUCAGAGACAUAGCCAAUCAGGAGAGAGGGAUGUACCUGAUCAGUGACUCCACCCCCCCGGAGAUGUAUGAGCUGCACGCCUCAUCGAAAGAAGACAGGAAGACUUGGAUGAGCCGCAUCCAGCAGGCCGCCACCAGCUGUCCGUGCAGAGACGACUUUCCUCUCAUUGAGACAGAAGACAAAGCGUUGCUGCGCAGACUCAGAGCUGACAUCCAGCAGAAGGACAGGGAGGUGCUGGAGCUCUUACAGGAGCGCGUCACUCUGUUUUCUGAUCUGGUGGAGGCGUCUGGAAGAGGAAAGGCAGAAGAAGAAGGAGACAUGGAGGUCAGGAUCUCCUCCUCCUGCAGGAACCUUUUUAGAGCUGACACUCCUCAGGCACCUCAGGCCGAGCCACUCCUCCUCGCUGCCAUCGGUGAAGUCGACAGACUGACGGAGCUGCUGUCAGAUGCCAGCAUCCAGAAAUCUUCCAUAACCAACGGCAACCAGGAGAUCAGCGAUGGUGACUCUGGUUCUCUGAACGGCUCUUUUGACUUGAACGACAAGUCCUCAAAGGAUGGAAAUGGUAACCAGCUGCAGGAGCGAACCCUGAACGAGGACGUCCAUCAGCGCUUGAUCGGUCUGAGCACACAGCUUCACGCCCUGCAGGCUGCUGUGAUUCGUCAGGACUCAAUGCUAGCGCUGUUGGUCAGUGCAGGCUCCACCCCCUCCACCACCCCCGGCUCUGCCCCUGGCCCCCGCCUCAGCCGGUCACUGUCACGUGACACAGGGUUGGAAGCCAGCGGGGAGGCGGUGCUGCUGCGGCGGCAGGUGGAGCUGCUACAGGAGGAAGUGACACGCCUCCGUCUGCGAGAGGAGGACCAAAACUGGGAGGGAGUGGAGCCAGGCACCAGAAGGAGGAGCAAAAAUGGAGAGAAGAGUGAUGUUAUGAAAGGAGAACAGGUUAACAAGAGACGUAGCAGUCGGGAACUGGAGCUUCGCCCCCUCGCCCCACUAGCCACCGAGGAUCCAGUCGACCAAUUAGAUGGCGUCCAAGAAGGAAAUGAAGAGGAAGAGGAGGAAGUGAUGAAGAUCUCUCCUCGCUCUGACAGCCCCAGAGACCUGCAGGACAUCCCAGAGGAGAGCGAGAGUUAACGCCCCACCUACAGCUCAGGGACCUCUGCUGUUGUCACUGCGAUGCCACAGACACACAUCGGACUCUUAUUGUUAAAGGCCCUGGAUAUAAUGCCAUUGCCUGUUUUACAGUUUUUAGACCAAAUCAGACUUUUGUUCUUGGAACAUUUUCUAAAACUUGGAGCCAAAAGGGUAAGGGCGAGGUUAAAUUGGCAACUUAUUUUCCGCUUCAAACAAACUGGGUCAUGUGAUUAGAUCACUGGUUUGAUCUGUGCCCUUGAUGUUUUUUGUUUCUUUGUUUCUUUGUUGUUUGUAAAUGGGACCAGAGCAUGCGUAUCUGGAGCUGGACCUGGAUCUGGAUCUGGUCUGAUCCAGAUAUUUUUCACAGUUUGUUUUAAGCAGACAGAUUUUUAUUUAUUCUUUGAAUCUGAGACACACCACACUACAUUACCCAGAAUGCCUUUGGACCAGCAGCCAUCUCAUAUUUAAAGUUUUGAUUUUAAUGGUGUCUGAUUUACAGAAACCAUUACCAGUAUGUAAGCAUUGAAAGGACUGGGAUUAUGGGGAGGGAUUGGAGGUUGGUGUGGUCAGAUGUGGGUUUUGGGGGUCGGGACUCACGUAGUGCUGGAUUGUAGGUCAGGUGUGUUUUUAAGGAGCACAGAGCUCCUUCUAUUAGCAUGUUAGCAUGGCUGUGUCUCUUAUACUUGUGUAGGACAUUGGUUGAAUUGACCAAUCAGCUUGUUUCUUUUGAUGCAUGGAGGUGAUGAUGUCAGCUCCUCGUGUCGUCCGGUGAUGAUGAUGAUGGAACAGUGUUUGACAUAGAAAAUUGUUCAUUUACAAAAAAGAACAACAGACGCCGGUGAUGAUGUAAUCAUGCGAUCAUAUUGGGGUGGACUACAGCAAGUUUAACAAGUCUGCGAUCAGUCAAAGAGGCCAUGCCCCUAAUAAUGCAAACUCUAAUCAGUUCAGACAGGAGAGUGUUAUCUAUAGAGACCAGUUUGUGAAUCAGGCUGUAAGCAUGUUUAUUUUAACAUGUAAGGGUUUUGGGACUGACUCACUGCUGCCUCUGCUGGACAGUAGAGGAACUGUAGUUUGGCGCUGAUAAAGCAGAAAGCGUUACCGAAGAAUGCGGGUAUCCUCUGUCCUGAUCAUGUGUGAUUGAUCAUCUCUGAUCAGGUGUUUUAUGGACAGUGGUCCCACCCCCUGUGAGUUCACAUGAUGUUCUAUAGGUUUUGGAAACACAAAAAAAUGAAUUUGUAACAUCAGGACCUGAAUGUGAUUUUGAAGUUUUUGAAUAACUGAUUGUGUUCAGGUUUAACGCUGGGAAGUUUCUACAGUGUGAUUCAUCACUGUUUUGUUAUGUUUUUUUUAUCUGAAGCUUUGGGAUCCAAAACAUUUCUGUUUAUGCAAAAAAGCUCGCCAGGAUGCACGCCUCACAUCCAGAUGUGCCGCUGUAACAUUUCUUUUGAGUGUAUUUUAACUGUAGUAACAAUGGACUGAAGUAAUUGUAUUGAUCUCUGAUAAGUGUAGGUGAUUCCUGCUGUACUCUUUAUAAAUCUAAUCAGCUGCUCUUCGAGUAUUUGUUUUUACUUUUAGCUUCAGAUGAAACAUGACUUUCAGAUUUUGAUUACUGAUGCAGAAAUGAAUGAAUUGAUAAACUAAGCACACAGUGACACAAACUUCAUUUGGAAAAUUUAUUUCCUGAAACUAAAAAUAAACAAAGAUGGCUGACAUUCAA